CUCUGGCAUCGCCCCGCCCCUUGCCUGCUCUUAAUUUGCUGCUGCUUUGUUUUCUGCUGGUUCGCUGCUGUUGACUGUGCCUGGAAGGAUUUCAAAGCAGCUGACGUCGGUUUUCAUCUGAGAGACCAAAACUUCGUGCUAUACUGCUAUUGCGCAUAGCUGAGACGUGGAACAGUAAUCGAUAAGAUUAGCCUUGCUUGGUCGAUAAACUAGCAUUGAAAGGGCCUUCCAUACUCAUCUUAUUGCUUUGUCAGUAAAACUAGCCUUGCUGGGAACAUCAAUAGGACAUUGAUGAUGUUUUCGUUGUUUUGGAUCGAAAUGAUACAUCGUGACGAUAGUUAUAUGAUGGUAUCACAAUGCAGUUUGUACAACUCUUUGCUUGCGGAUGACGUGUCAUUCCAUACUCAUUUGACCUCAAGAGUUAACUGGGGAGUAUGCAUGAACCACUCUUCAUUCAUGAAUUGCCAUAAGCUCAUGCUUGUCAAAUUAGUUCCUUGUGUGUUGGAGGAACAAAGUACGCGAGAAAUUCCAUCUUCAAACAUUGCACUACAUUCUGCACACUGUGCUCGCAACCUUCAAAAGUGUGAACAUUGUGGAGAUAUGGUUCCAAGGAAGCAUAUGGAAGAACACUAUGAUGAAAAGCAUGCACUGGUGAAUUGCUCAGGUUGCAAAGAAACCAUAGAGCAUGAGCUGUGGGAUCUUCAUAAACGCAUACAAUGCCCUCAAAGCAUGCUCACAUGCCAAUAUUGUAAGUUUGAACUGCCUGCAAUUGAUAUUUUUGAGCAUCAGGAUGUAUGUGGAAAUCGAACAGAAUAUUGCCAACCUUGCAAGAAGGACAUCAGACUUCGUGAAUGGAUUGGACAUGAGAUCCUGCUCCACGCAAAAACAAAUGUUGCUGCAGAAUCUUCAAGUGCCAGAACCAUGCUGGAAAAAGAAGAGCGUGCUCCAGUAGAACAGCAAGAGCAACAACGCAACCAACUGCUUCUCACAAUUGCAAUAACCGUAAUUGCAGUUCUGAUUGGAUCCAUUCUGUUCCAAAAGAAGGGUUGAAAGCACCAAAAGGCAGUAACGCUGGACUUGUUGCUUGUAUUGAUGUUCCCAGAAUACAAAUCAGUCUUUUGAUGUCUCUUUUAUGCAUCAAUUGUUUCGUAGCCAACGGGCUGAACGUAUUCACCUAGUACUGUUUAGAAUACCACUGUACAGAAAUUACCUGACCUUUGUAUGCCAAAAUGAUACGCCUAUUUACAGUGGCAACAAAACGUUGAUUUUCUUGGCUGCAGCCAACUGAUGUUCAUCAUAGCUA